AUGUCGGAGAGAGGAGAUUCAGAAGCUUUGGUCUGGCCAAGCCUGGAUGGGCAGCCCGCCACCCAUUACAGGCCGGUCCUGGGGUCCCGCUGUGACCAGGCCCCUCCUUUGCAGACUUUCUCUGGAGGCUAUGUGCAUGUGCUGAAAGGCGUGCUCUCCGAGGAGCUCCUCAUUAGAAGCUUCCAGAAGAUGGGCUACGUGCGCCGGGACCACCACCGCCUGACGGUGGCUGCUCUGCCUCCUGCCUGCCAGCUGGUGCAGGUGGCGCUGGGCUGCUUUGCGCUUCGGCUGGAGUGUGAGAUCCUGGGUGAGGUGCUGGCGCAGCUGGGCACCAGCGUGCUGCCAGCAGAAGAACUGCUGCAGGCGCGGCGGGCCAGUGGGGAUGUGGCCUCCUGUGUGGCCUGGCUGCAGCAGCGUUUGGCCCAAGAUGAGGAGCCACCACCCCUGCCCCCCCGGGGCGCCUCUGCAUUCGGGGUCCCGUUAGACCUGUACAGGGACCUGCAGGGUGACGAGGGCCUGGAGGAAGCCAGCCUGUAUGAAGAGCCCUCCCCAGGGCCAGACUCGCCUCCUGUGGAACUGAGCUAUAGGCCACCACUCUGGGAGCAGAGUGCCAAACUAUGGGGGUCCGGGGGCCGGUCCUGGGAGCCCCCAGCUGAGGACCUGCCUCAGGCUAGCAGCUCACCCUAUGGGGCCCUAGAGGAGGAGCUGGAGCCUGAGCCCUCUGCCUUUUCCUUUUUGUCCCUGCGCCGAGAGCUGAGUCGGCCUGAGGACCUGGCUGUUGCGGAGGUCCCUGGGAGCCCUGGGCAGGCCAGCCCCCGGCACAGCCAAGUAGGGGAAGCACUAGCUUCCGCCUACGGGCCUGUCCCUGAGCCCCUGGCCUACCAAGCACACAGCUGUCUGGCUCCUGGAGCCCUGCCCACCCUCUGCUGUGACACCUGCCACCAGCUACACGCUGCGCACUGUGCGGCCCUGCCAGCUUGCCGUCCAGGCCACUCGCUGCGAGUCCUGCUGGGAGACACGCAGCGGCGCCUGUGGCUGCAGCGGGCACAGAUGGACACCCUGCUGUAUGACAGCCCCGGGCCGCACCCCUAAGCCCACCUGCGCCCCAGGUCCCAUGGGUGCAGGAGAGUUUCCAUGGUGCUUCUCUUGGGGAGU